AUGGCAUCACAGAUCGAUAAUCGACCUGUUUGGGUUUAUAUCAUAUUUCGAAAGAAUCACUGUAGUGGACAUGAAAAAAUGACUGUUAAUAUGAGUUUUGAUGGACCAAUCUUUUGGAAACGACAAGUGGCUUAUAUUUAUUGCUGUAGUUGCCAUUUCCAUGAACAUGAGGGGCCUUUAUUAGCAUUGCUGAGGAAAUUAGAGCAUCGAGUGAUACGUGUAUGUAUUGUGGAUACACCCGUUGAUUAUGCUUUUCUACCAGAUAGUUUCUUUUCCUAUAUGGCAAGAAAUAUGCCUUGUCUUCAAUUCAUAUACUUGCGUGAAAUUGAUCUCGAAAAGAUUAAUCGCGGGACAAUGGUCGAAUUAGCUCAACAUCCUCAACUCAAAAAGCUUAUUGUGCAUAAAUGCCGAAAUUAUGAAGUUUUUGAAGAUUUCCAUAAUUUACCUCAGUUAUUGGUUGUCAAAGGAGAUAUUGUCGGCUUAAAAGCAAUGAUCGGCGAUUAUCCGGAGCCUGAUGAAUUCGUAAUGGAACCACAAAAAUUAGAUGCCAAGCCAGAUGAUACCGAUUUAUCAAUCAGUUCCGAAUUAGCCGUAUCAUCCGAAGAUGCCAUUACAUCCUCAACUUCCUCACAAAAUUACUGCCAUUCAAGAUAA